AUGGAGGAGUCCCCCGAGCUCGAGCGGCGGGCGGCCGCGGGCGGCGCUCUCCUGGACGGGGAGGACGAGGAGCGCGAGCCGCUGCUGCCGCGGAUCGCCUGGGCCCAGCCGCGGAGGAGCGCCCCGGGGACCGCCGUGAGGAUGGUGGAGGCCGCCCAGAAGGAGGGCUUGGCCUCCCUUAGCGCGAUCGACGAGAAACUGCUGUUCGGGCCCAAGGACUCGCCCUGCUGCCCCUCCCUGGAUUUGGGGCUCCCGAGGAGCUCGCCCACCCAUGGGGGGGACUGCGACCAUUCCCUGAGUUCAGAGUUGAAUUCAUUCGUGGAUGAUCCAGGGUUUGCUGAUGCUAUAUUGAAAGCGGAGCAAGCAAUAGAAUUUGGAGUUUUUCCAGAAAGAAUCCCUCAAGGUUCAAGUGGAAGUUACUUUGUAAAGGAUCCUAAGAGGAGAAUUAUUGGUGUGUUUAAACCCAAAUCGGAAGAGCCUUAUAGUCAACUGAAUCCAAAAUGGACCAAAUAUAUUCAUAAGGUCUGCUGCCCUUGCUGCUUUGGCAGAGGCUGCUUGGUUCCUAACCAGGGAUACCUUUCUGAAGCCGCUGCCUCCCUAGUGGAUGAAAAGCUUCAUCUGGGCAUCGUACCAAAAACAAGGGUGGUUUGGCUUGUCAGUGAGACAUUUAACUACAGUACAAUUGACCGUGCAAAAGCUAGAGGCAAAAAGUAUGCUUUAGAGAAAGUGCCAAAAGUAGGGAGAAAAUUUCACCGAAUAGGACUGCCUCCUAAGAUUGGUUCCUUUCAGUUAUUUGUUGACGGUUACAAGGAAGCUGAAUUUUGGCUUAGGAAAUUUGAAGCUGAUCCUUUGCCUGAGAAUACUAGAAAACAAUUCCAGUCGCAAUUUGAGAGAUUAGUGGUUUUGGAUUACAUCAUCAGAAAUACAGACAGGGGAAAUGAUAAUUGGUUAAUCAAAUAUGAAAAGCAGAAAGAUGGAAAGGAAAUUAAGGAAGCAAAAUGUGUUGAUGAGAAAGAAUCGCUCAUUAAAGUAGCUGCAAUUGAUAAUGGUCUAGCAUUUCCUUUUAAACAUCCUGAUGAAUGGAGAGCAUAUCCAUUUCAUUGGGCGUGGCUUCCUCAAGCAAAAGUUCCUUUUUCUGAAGAAACAAGAAACUUGAUUCUACCAAAUAUUUCUGACAUGAAUUUUGUGCAAGAUUUAUGUGAAGAUCUCUAUGAACUUUUUAAGACUGAUAAAAGAUUUAACCAAGCCACUUUUGAAAGUCAGAUGUCUGUGAUGAGGGGCCAGAUCUUAAAUCUGACCCAGGCUUUGAGGGAUGGGAAGAGUCCUGUCCAGCUGGUACAGAUGCCUUGUGUGCUUGUGGAGCACAGUCCAGGGAGAGCGAAGGGUCGGAUUUCCCAUCUCAACUCUUCCUUCACCCAGACUUUCCACUGCAGGAAGCCUUUUUUUACCUCCUGGUAG